AUGGGAAAGGAAAAGGCUCACAUCAACAUUGUGGUCAUUGGCCAUGUCGAUUCUGGCAAGUCAACAACCACUGGUCACUUGAUCUACAAGCUGGGCGGAAUUGACAAGCGUGUGAUUGAAAGGUUUGAGAAAGAGGCUGCUGAGAUGAACAAGCGUUCAUUCAAGUAUGCUUGGGUGUUGGACAAGCUCAAGGCAGAGCGUGAACGUGGUAUCACUAUUGACAUUGCAUUGUGGAAGUUUGAGACCACUCGCUAUUACUGCACUGUCAUUGAUGCUCCUGGGCAUCGUGACUUUAUCAAGAACAUGAUCACUGGAACCUCCCAGGCUGACUGUGCCAUUCUCAUCAUUGACUCAACAACUGGUGGUUUUGAAGCUGGAAUUUCAAAGGAUGGGCAGACUCGUGAACACGCUUUGCUUGCAUUCACACUUGGUGUCAAGCAAAUGAUCUGCUGUUGCAACAAGAUGGAUGCUACUACACCCAAAUAUUCGAAAUCUAGGUUUGACGAAAUUGUCAAGGAAGUGUCUUCUUACCUCAAGAAGGUUGGAUACAACCCUGAGAAGAUCCCAUUUGUCCCAAUUUCUGGUUUUGAGGGCGAUAACAUGAUCGAGAGGUCAACUAACCUUGACUGGUACAAGGGUCCAACUCUGCUUGAAGCCCUUGACCAGAUCAAUGAGCCAAAAAGACCUUCAGACAAGCCUCUCCGUCUUCCACUUCAGGAUGUCUACAAGAUUGGUGGGAUUGGAACUGUGCCAGUAGGUCGUGUUGAAACUGGAGUGAUCAAGCCAGGUAUGGUGGUUACUUUUGGCCCAAGUGGUUUGACAACUGAAGUCAAAUCUGUAGAGAUGCACCAUGAAGCACUGCUCGAGGCAUUGCCAGGAGACAAUGUUGGUUUCAAUGUUAAGAAUGUUGCUGUGAAAGAUCUUAAGCGUGGAUACGUUGCCUCAAACUCUAAAGAAGAUCCUGCAAAGGGUGCUGCUAGUUUUACUUCUCAGGUUAUCAUCAUGAACCACCCGGGUCAGAUUGGUAAUGGGUAUGCACCAGUUCUUGAUUGUCAUACCUCACACAUUGCUGUCAAAUUUGCUGAGUUGUUGACCAAGAUUGAUCGGAGGUCUGGUAAAGAGCUGGAGAAGGAACCUAAGUUCCUGAAAAAUGGUGAUGCUGGAAUGGUGAAGAUGCUUCCAACAAAGCCAAUGGUGGUUGAGACUUUCUCUGAGUAUCCUCCAUUGGGUCGGUUUGCAGUGAGGGACAUGAGGCAGACUGUUGCUGUGGGUGUCAUCAAAAGCGUGGAUAAGAAGGAUCCAACUGGUGCCAAGAUCACCAAAGCUGCAGCCAAGAAGAAAUGAACGGUGGUUUGUUUUAUCAAUAAUUUGAAACU